UACCCUGCUUCGUGGAGGAAUCCUGUUGGCCAAGUCUGGUGUCUGCUAAUGGAGCUAGCCCACAGCCUGCAGCUCAAUGAGGAUGCCUUGGCCCAGAUCACAGAGGCCAAACGGCCCGUCUUUAUAUUUGAAUGGCUUCGCUUUCUUGACAAAGUUCUAAUAGCUGCUAACAAGACUGAUGUGAAAGAAAAACAGAAGAAACUGGUGGAGCAAUUGACGGGUUUGAUCAGCAGUGCACCUGGACCCCCAACACGGAAACUGCUGGCAAAGAACCUAGCUACUCUUUAUAGCAUAGGUGACACUUUUACAGUCUUCCAAACCCUUGACAAGUGCAAUGACAUCAUCAAGAGCAAAGAUGACACUCCAGCUUAUCUGCCAACCAAACUUGCGGCCGUUGCUUGCGUCGGUGCUUUCUAUGAGAGGAUGGGUCGAAUGCUGGGCAGCUCUUUUCCAGAAACCAUUAACAACCUGCUAAAAGCGCUAAAGAGUGCAGAGUCUCAAGCGCGGAGCGAGAUCCUCUUAAGCCUGCAGAAGGUGCUAAGCGGACUGGGUGCGGCCGCAGCCUCCUGCCACAGGGACAUCUACAAAAAUGCUCGCUCCCUGCUGACAGACAGAUCCAUGGCUGUACGAUGCGCAGUAGCUAAGUGUUUGCUGGAGCUACAGAACGAGGCUGUGUUCAUGUGGACUACAGAACUGGAGAAUGUAGCCACCCUGUGUUUUAAAGCUCUAGAAGGUUCUAACUACGGUGUGCGUGUGGCGGUGUCUAAACUGCUGGGUACAGUGAUGGCUACGGCACUGAUGCCUAAACAGGCUGCUGGUGAGUGCUUAAUGCGUCAGAACGUGAAGCGGGCCACGCUGGAGGAGGUCCUGGAGCUGAUGGCCACUGGGUUCCUGCGAGGAGGGUCUGGAUUCCUGAAGAGUGGAGGAGAAAUGCUCAAAGGAGGAGUUUCGGUCAGCAGGGAGGUGCGGGUGGGCGUGACACAGGCCUACGUGGUGUUUGUGACCACGCUGGGGGGCCAGUGGCUGGAGAGAAACUUUGCCACGUUCCUCUCUCACGUCCUGGAGCUGGUCGCUCAUCCCAGGGCCACGCAGACCCAUGUGGAGGCGGUGUACUCCCGCCGCUGCGUCUCCUUCGCUCUGCGCGCCACGCUGGGCGGCCUCCUCGGGGAGAAAGCCCAGAUCGCAGCCGCCAAAGAAAUCUGCCAGGCCAUCAGCAAGCAGAUGAGGGCUGUGGAGGCAGUGGUGAACGACACCAGCGGAGAAAACAAAGGGGGCGCAGCGGACGUGUCAGCCAGUCAGCACGUGAUGGUGUGCGCCCUCAAAGAACUGGGCAGUCUGGUCCAGAGUCUGAACGCUACGGCCUCUCCGCUCAUUCAGGAACCUUCUAUCGGCCUUUUGGAAACGGUCACCUCGGUCCUCCUGCACCCCAGCAUGGCCGCUCGGCUGGCGGCCGCAUGGUGCCUGCGGUGCGUUGCCGUGGCGCUGCCCUAUCAGCUGACCCCGUUGCUGGAGCGAUGCGCAGAGCGCAUCAAUAACCUGAAGAGCUCACCUGAGGCCGUGAGCGGGUACAGCUUUGCCAUGGCUGCCCUCCUGGGAGGGGUACAUCAGUGCCCCCUGGGCAUCCCUCAUUCUAAGGGCAAGAUGGUGGUGAGUAUAGCAGAAGAUCUGUUGCGCUCUGCAGCCCAGAACAGCAGGCUGUCUCUCCAGCGCACUCAGGCCGGCUGGCUCCUAUUGGGAGCACUCAUGGCCUUAGGUCCGUCUCUGGUACGCUACCACCUUCCCAAGAUGCUGCUGCUGUGGCGGAAUGUCUUCCCUCGCUCACAGAAAGAGCUGGAAGCGGAAAAAGCCCGCGGAGAUUCCUUUACGUGGCAGGUCACCCUGGAAGGACGGGCAGGAGCGCUCUGUGCCAUGCGGAGCUUUGUUGCCCACUGCCCUGAGUUACUGACAGAGGAUGUGAUUCGCCGAUUAAUGACUCCCAUUGAAUGUGCCAUGACCAUGAUGUCCCAUGUGCCUGCGGUCAUUAAGGUGCAUGGAGCUCAUUUGAAGGCCAGUGCUGCCAUGGUUAGACUGCGACUCUAUGACAUCCUGGCACUCCUACCGCCCAAGACAUAUGAAGGCAGUUUCAAUGCUUUGCUGAGGGAACUGGUGGCAGAGUUCACACUGACAGACAACUCUGCCAACACCACCACCUCUCUCCUCCGCUCGCUCUGUCACUAUGACGACAGCGUGCUUAUGGGCUCCUGGCUCCAAGAGACCGACCACAAGUCCAUAGAGGACCAGCUUCAGCCUAACAGUGCCUCAGGCAGUGGGGCUCUGGAGCACGAUCCGUCCUCCAUAUACCUGCGUGUGCCUGUGGGGGAGGCCAUCCCCGGACCCCUCCCUCUGGGGGUGUCGGUCAUCGACGCCUCCGUCGCUCUCUUCGGCGUGGUCUUCCCACACGUGUCCUUCAAACACAGACUGCAGAUGCUGGACCAUUUUGCUGAGUGUAUCAAACAGGCUAAAGGAGUACGUCAGCAGGCAGUACAGCUCAACAUCUUCACUGCAGUGCUAAGUGCCCUGAAGGGUCUGGCGGAGAAUAAGAGCACCCUUGGUCCUGAGGAGGUUCGGAAGUCGGCCCUGGCUCUGGUGAUGGGGGCGUUGGAUAACCCUAACCCCAUCCUGCGCUGCGCUGCUGGGGAAGCCCUGGGAAGGAUGGCCCAGGUGGUGGGAGAAGCCACCUUCAUCGCUAGGAUGGCUCAGUACAGUUUUGACAAGUUGAAGUCAGCUCGUGAUGUGGUUUCCAGGACUGGCCAUUCCCUGGCUCUGGGUUGUCUGCACCGUUAUGUGGGUGGUAUCGGAUCGGGUCAGCACCUGAAGACCAGUGUCAGCAUCCUGCUGGCUUUGGCCCAAGAUGGUACAUCUCAUGAGGUCCAGACGUGGGCCCUGCACUCCCUGGCUCUGAUAGUGGACUCCAGCGGGCCCAUGUAUCGCGGUUACGUGGAGCCAACCCUCUCCUUGGUUCUCACACUACUCCUCACCGUACCUCCCUCUCACACGGAGGUUCACCAGUGCCUGGGUCGCUGUCUGGGUGCACUCAUCACCACCGUGGGCCCUGAAUUGCAAGGUAACGGUGCCACCAUCUCUACCAUCCGCUCGUCGUGUCUGGUGGGCUGCGCCAUCAUGCAGGACCACUCCGACUCUCUGGUGCAGGCAGCGGCUGUGUCCUGUCUCCAGCAGCUUCACAUGUUCGCCCCACGACACGUCAACCUCUCCAGCCUGGUGCCCUGCCUCUGCGUACACUUGUGUAGCUCACACUUGCUGCUGCGGCGUGCUGCAGUGGCAUGUCUGAGGCAGCUGGCUCAAAGAGAAGCAUCUGAGGUGUGUGAGUACGCCAUGAGUCUGGCCAAGAAGGCUGGAGAUAGCAAGGACAGCGCCACCAUCAAUCUGAACAUUACGGAGACGGGCCUGGAGGGGGUGUUGUUUGGCAUGCUGGACCGCGAGACAGACAGGAAACUGUGCUCAGACAUCCAUGACACAUUGGGCCACAUGCUGUCCUCUCUGGCGGUGGAGAAAUUGCCCCAUUGGCUCAGACUUUGCAAAGAUGUUCUGGCAGCUAGCACAGAGGUUGGAGCUGCUGUGGCAUUUGACGUUGGGAAGGAAGAGGAAGAUUCGGAGAAGAAAGACGAGAUGGAUGAUGACAUCAUGUUCACGUCCCUGGGCGAGGAUGAUAAAUCCAAACCGUCCGUCGCUCCGCGCUGGGUCACUCGCGUGUUUGCCGCCGACUGCCUGUGUCGCAUCAUUCAUCUCUGCGCGAACGUGGAUAAGGCACACUUUGACCUCGCCGCAGCCCGAUCCGCCAAAGCCAAAAACCCUAAAGGUGAUUUCCUGGUGUUACAUUUAUCUGACCUCAUCCGCAUGGCCUUUAUGGCGGCCACUGAUCACAGUAACCAGCUGCGUAUGGCCGGCCUGCAGGCCCUGGAGGACAUCAUUAAGAAGUUUGCCUCCGUUCCCGAACCUGAGUUUCCAGGUCAUGUGAUCCUGGAGCAGUACCAAGCCAACGUCGGCGCAGCACUGCGUCCAGCGUUUUCCCCAGACACACCCUCUGAUAUCACGGCCAAGGCUUGUCAGGUAUGCAGUGCCUGGAUAGGCAGUGGCGUGGUCAGUGACCUCAAUGACCUGCGACGCGUCCACAAUCUGCUGGUGUCCUCUCUGGAUAAGGUUCAGGCAGGGAAGGGCUCGUCCAGUCAGCUGUACAGCGAGAGCGCCACAACCAUGGAGAAACUGGCAGUGCUGAAGGCUUGGGCAGAGGUCUUUGUAGUGGCUAUGAAGAUAAAAAAGGAGGCAGAGACAAAGCCAGCUCGUCCUUUGCGGGGUGGUGAGGAUGAUGAGGAUGAAGAUGUUGGAGACGACGCAGACAUUCUCCCUCCUGACAGCCUGAUCACGCUGGUGCAGCCCGAGUUGCCCUCUCUUAGCCGUCUGUGGCUUGCCGCGCUCAGAGACUACGCUCUCCUCACCUUACCUGCCGAGUUUGCAAGUCAAUUGCCUCCUGAUGGUGGCGCGUUCUACACUCCAGAGACAAUAGACACAGCCCGUCUUCACUACCGCAGUUCCUGGGCCCCCAUCCUGCACGCUGUGGCCCUGUGGCUGAGCAGUACGGGAUUUGGGGCCAGUGAGGGUGCAGAAGAGCCCCAGUCUGGUCCUCCCAAAGGGUCCGUUCAACCUGCUGGAGCUCCUACUCCCACCAAAACCAGAGAGGAGCUGAUAAAAGAGCGAAUGCACCUCCUCUUAGGUAUUAGCAUCGAGUUUCUGUGCUUCCCACGGCCGGAAGAGCCCAUAGAACAUGUGAUGUCCUGUCUGCAGGCACUGUGUACACUGCUGGAGUCCCCCAUCGCUCGCACACACAUUGCUGAGGACCAGCUCCUGGGAGUGGAGCUUCUGAACGUGCUUCACCGGCUGCUCCUGACCCGUGACCCACUCAGUGUUCAGCUCCAGGUCACAGCCGUGGUCCAGGAGACCAUCCAUGCCGCUCACGAGCACCUAACACAACACAGGAACAGCAAGAGUGGAGAGGCAGGUGGAGAGAAAGAGUCUGUUUCAUCACUCGGUGAGGGAGGGGAAACGGGGGAACUUCUCCCUGGGAAGUCCCUGGUGUUUGCGGCCAUGGAACUGCUGGUCUUCAUACUGGUUCGCCAUCUCCCCCAGCUGAACACGCGUGUGACUGACUCACCCAGUCACCUGCCGUACAAACCCCAGCCUCUGUCUGAGGAAAGCACACGCCUGGUGGCUGCCACGGUCUCCAUUCUCGCCGAGCUCCCCUCUCUCUGUUCGCCCGCAGGAAGCAUGACUAUCCUACCCACAGUGCUGUUUUUAAUCACGGGGGUGCUGAGGGAGACGGCGGUGAAGACUGCGGAUAAUUCGGUCCCUCUGCCCGUGUCGUCCGCUCUCCAGGGCAUUAAGGCUGUCAUCACCUCCCCGCUGGCCCGCGUAGAGAAGACUCAGACCCAGUGGACCAGCCUGGUCCGCAGCAGCCUGGCAUCUGUGCUGGAGUACUCCCAACCCGAUGAGUCCAGGCCCAACGUGGAUGAGGUCAGCAUGCUGACAGCCAUUACUCUCUUUCUGCUGUCAGCCAGCAGUGAGUUAGUCGGGGUCACGACCUUGCAGAAAGGCUGCAUGGAUCGUUUCCGGAACGCGCUCAAUUCCAGCGACCCCUGGGUGCAGGCUCGAUGUUAUCAGCUGCUCCUCUCCGUGUUCCAGCACUCCAGCCGUGCCCUCUCCACGCCCUACAUCCACGCCCUGGCUCCACUCCUGGUGGAGAAGCUGAAAGCGGUGGAGCGCAGUCGGCCCAACACACCCGCUGAGCUGCAAGCCGUCCAAGAGGGCGUCAAGGUCCUGGAAAACCUGGUUGCCAUGGGAGAGGAGCAGAACCGGGUACAGUUACUGGCUCUUUUGGUCCCUACUCUGAUUUCCUACCUACUGGAUGAGAAUGCCUUCUCCUCAGCCUCUCCUGCCUCCAAAGGACUACACGAGUUUGCCCUUCAGGACCUGAUGCGUAUUGGUCCCCUGUACCCAGCAGCCUUUAAGACCGUGAUUGGGGCGGCGCCAGAGCUUAAAACCCGCCUUGAGACAGCCAUCCGAGCCAAUCAGGCGAGCAGCAAGGCCAAAGCCGCGGCAAGGCAGGCCCAGCCCACUGUGCAAGCAGCCCCCACCAUUAAACUCAAAACCAGCUUCUUCUAAAAUAUUAUUUUCUUAUCCUCUGUGAUGUGCUGAGUCAAUUUAAGGUCAAUGUUCCCAUUUUUUUUGUUUUCAAAAUCCCUUGUGUUAUCUUUAGUGUGAAGGACUGUUUUUACUAGAGACAAAGAAAAAAAGCUGUUGUAAAUAUUGACGGUUGAACAUUUAAUACGGUCAUCCAGACUGAUUAUUCAGUGAAUUUUAAAAUGGAGUUUGAAUGUCUUACAUCAACGCUUUAAUCAUUGGUUCAGGGUUUGGUUUUACAUGGUGGGUGUUUUUUAAAAAAAGAACCUUAUCAUGGUUUGAUUUAGCAUUACUCUGAAGCUUACAACUUGCACCUUAAUUAACACAGUCUCUCAAUGAAGCACUUUUCUUUGAAAAAAAAAAAAAAAAAGACACGUCACACUUGCGUCAACACUCACUUUAACACCCAACUACAAAUCCUGCAUUUCACAGUGAACCAGUGACCUGUGUGUUCUGUUGCUUGUCUGUAUGUUUGCAUGGAAAUCCAUCGGGCCUAGUUCUGUAUCGUAUUGUUGGUUUUUAAUAUAAGACUGAGUUCUACACACACGCAGCAAGGAGAAGUUUCACUUUUUUAAAAAUGUAUCAUGCUCUUGUCUCUUUACUGCCACUUGAAUCUUGGGUCUUGAAUCUUGAAUCUCUCCCUCUAGGGAGGCUUUCCCAUACUAUUAGAGGAUAUUUUUAAUGAUGCACUGUUUACAGCUAUGAUUUUUGUUUGCUUGUUUGUUUAAGGACAAGACAGAGAGUGAGGGAUUAAGAUAGUAUAUGCUCUAGGUACAUGAAACACCACUGAGAGACAGUCAACACAAAUUUAGAACCAUGGCACACGUGUGAUCAUCCCAUCAGCACAUGCAAUGACUGUAUAUUGUUUGCCUUUAAAGCCAUCAAUAAGAGAUUUAUGUAAAUAACAAGGUCCAGAAGUACAGACCUUGGGAGUCAUGAUCUUUUAAACAGACCAAUUAGGAAGUCGUUACGUUUGCACGUCAGCAGAAGUGGAGCUGUGCAGAUGUGCAGUAGUUAUGGAUU